AAACUACGAACGGAUGUUGCAGCAGCUUUUCCUCACCUUAGUGCUGAGCAAUUAACUGAGUUUAUUCCAAACAAGGAAGAGCUUAAUGUCAUCAAAAUAUACUCUCACAAAGGGGAGGCCGUCACUGUUUAUAUGAAUAACAAGAACCCAAUACUGUUUGAAAUUGACAAAGCGCUGUAUCCGACAGUGUACACUCUGUGGGUCUACCCAGAUCUUCUCCCUGCUUUUUCAACAUGGCCCCCUGUGCUACAGAAACUAGCCGGAGGAGCAGAUCUGAUGCUGCCAGGAGUUGUAGUGCCAUCUUCUGGCUUUCCUCAAGUAGAGCGGGGCACACUCUGUGCUGUCACCCUUUUGGGAAACAGAGCUCCAGUAGCAGUUGCGGUUGCCACAAUGUCCACUGCAGAGAUGCUGGCUGCUGGAAUGAAAGGGAAGGGCUUUGCCGUGCUGCAUACUUACAUGGAUCACCUCUGGGAAUAUGGUGACAAAUCUUGUCCUCCUACCUUAGCUCCCUUGGUAACAGAUUCUGCUGAAAAGGAGAGUGAUGAAGAUGAGGAAGAGAUGGAAGGGAAAGACCCUGUCAUCAGCUUCUCCACUGACCCUUUGCAGCAUGUGGAUGUUGGUGAUUUGAGCCUGAAGGAGCAAGACGGUUGUGCAGUACUGGUAGGAAAGGAGGAACUUGAUGAGAACAGCGCUGCAGAAGCAGCUGAAGGUGCCAACACCGGGGAACACUCACAGCUUACUUGUCCUUUUUUUUUCCCUGUAGAGCAAAUGGAUGCAUUAUUCAAUCAGUGCUUUUUUCAUGCCUUAAAAUGCAAAGUAAAGAAGUCAGAUCUCCCUCUGCUCACCAGUACAUUUCUACGCAGCCAUAUGUUCUCAUGCUGCCCUGCUGGACAACAACUGGACAUAAAGAAAUCAAGCUACAAGAAGUUCUCUAAAUUCCUGCAAUGUAUGCAGCAGCAGAAGAUCUUACAAGUGAAGGAGCUGAACAAAGGUGUGGAGAGCAUCGUGGAAGUGGACUGGAAACAUCCAGAGAUUAAAGCAUUUGCAGUACCCGAAGGAUUUUCAUCAGCUUCUGCUGCCCAAGACAGCAAGAGUGAAGACCGAGAACAAGUGUACCGUGCUCCUGAAAUCAUUCCGCUUUAUGGGGUCUCAGCAAAAAUGAUCCCACUCUUUCAGGAAUCUGGACACAAAAAAGGCAGCAUCCUCUCAAGCAGUGAGGUGAGAAACAUCAUCAUUAACUAUGUGAAGACUAACGAGUUGGUUGAUGAAACAAACAAGAACUUUGUAAAGGUGAAUGCCAUUCUGUGCGACUGCCUGUUAGAUAAAUCAGAACAAGAUGAAAUCUCACACCUUAAAUGGGAUGACCUCCUGAGCAGGUGCCUUGAACGACUGCAGCCCUUACACCAGGUGACGUUUUUUGGACAAGAACCUAUUGUGAGGAAAGGAAACAUUGAGCCCAUCAACAUAACCAUAGCACAGAGAUCAUCAAAUAAGAAGGUGACGAUUGUCAAGAACCUCGAGCUGUAUGGUCUAGACCCACAGUAUGUGGCCAAUGUUCUGCAACAAAAAGUACAAGCCAGUGCCAGCAUCACCCCAGUACCAGGAACAAAAGACAGAGUUCAGGUCCAGAUCCAAGGCAACCAAAUCCAACAUCUGGCAAAGAUGCUGCUAGAAGAAUACCAGCUACCUCGGAAAUAUAUUCAAGGCCUUGAGAAGGCUCCAAAGCUUGGCCGGAAGAAGUAG